AUGGCUAAAGUAGCGUGUAGAGUUUGUGAUUCUCCCAACGCGGCAAACCAUCACUUCGGAGCGCAAUCGUGCAAAGUAAGUCAACGUUUUCUGCGAUUUCGCGCGGAAAGUGUGUUGACACUUUGUGGGAGGCCCCAAAAAUCAAGCACCAUACCUCUAGAAACGCUUUGUUCACUUCAACUUCUAACCUUUCAGGCAUGCGCCGCAUUCUUCCGUCGUAGCAUUAAAACGGGCCAGAUCUACGAUUGUAGUGGAGACGGAACGACGGCGUGCGACAUUCAUCACAGUACGUUUGUGACGAUAAAAUGGCACGUGAAGAACUACACUGUACCCCGUGUGUGGUCGCCACAAAAGAUAAGGGGACGGCUUUGAAAUGGGACUUUGACCCAGAGUGAGUUCUGAUCUUCCAGCCCUUCGUCUCAACUGUCGCCACUGUCGCUUCACAAAAUGUCUGCAAGCGGGAAUGAUCGAGGAUUGUAAGUUUCUUGCUCAAAAACAAGGUUAACACUCAAGUUGUCCUCUUAUUCAGUAGUACAAGGUAGACCAAUAAGUUCAGCACCGGAGACGACCGAUAGAAACAGUCCUCGAGUUGUCUGUGAGUCAAGGCAACCAUUCUCCUCCCAUUUUCUCAUUUUUUGUUAAAGACUACGAACCGCCACGGUCGGAGGUGGUCUACGAAGUGUUCCCAGCGUCGGAGAACGAAUGGGACUACGUGCCGCCGAGGAAAACCAUAAAAACUUCGAAUGACCUGAUGGAAAUGGACGAGUUGCAAGAGUUCAUCAAGCUUCCCGGCUCCUCGCGGCCUCCGGACGACGUCGCGGAAGAGAACAGGUUGUACGCGUUGGCGGCGCUUUAUAUGGAUCAAGUGGUGAGCUUGAACAUGCGAAGAAAGCUCACUUACACCGAAAAUCUAUUGUCGACUAUGUUCGACGGUCCGUGCAGUUGUGUAAGUUGGCGGCUUUGAGGUCAGAAGACGUCCUUAUUUCUCACUUCAGCCCUACGAAAAGACGGAUCUCCGUCCAUUCGAUCAUCGCGAAUAUCGACACAAGAACCGCAACGACUACACGAUGCUUGUCGACUACGUGAACCAAUUUCCGCAGUUUCAGCUGCUUACCAAGUCUGAAAAGACUGUUCUGUUUCAAAGUGCAGCCGCUGUGGACGCGCUGAUUGAUCCCGCCUACUAUAGUCAAGUGUGAGUUUCGGUCUAUGGAAACGAUAUGCGGAACUCGCUAGUUGCGAAACGUCGGGGACCCAUCUUACGCACAUUUGUACACUUUCAGAGUAUAUCCGGACGAGUCAGUGUUCGUGACGCUCCGAGGAGAGUUUCUCAACAUGAACCCUUUGCCCAAGCUCGAACUGGCCGGCUCUGAGUUUGACGCGAAGGAUCAUCGAAUGCACAGAUCGCUGAUUCUGAUGGUCCGUCGUCAGUGGAAGCACGUGGUGGAGCCGCUCCGAAAACUGAACCUAUCGCUCGCCGAAUUUGCACUUUUCAAAGCGCUCACUGUCUGGCACUACAGUAAGUGUUUAAAAAGCGCCGAUAAAGUUCAACCAGAUCCUCUUUCCGACUACUACAAACUGCAAGACGCCGGUCGUCAGAUCUCAGCGCGACAACGGGACGACAUCUUCCGAACUCUGUUGCUCAUUUGCAAAGACGAAGCGCACGAGGACCCUCUGCUGCGCGUCUCCGAAAUUGUGCUUGCCGUCGGAGUUGUGAUGUCGGAGGUGCACGAGAUGAUCACGUCGCUCAUCGAAAUCAUGACUUUUGACAAUGUCGACGAUCCGAUUCUGAGGAAUAUGCUCACUUUUCAGUAUUAA